AUGAUAGCAGACCAACACGUUGCUCCAUGGCUUACAUACAUCGCAUUCCUCUGCGAUGGACUUGCAAGCGACAAUGGUGAUAUCAUCGUCACGAAGAUUGAGACCCGUAUCGGAGGAAGCUUCACUCUACCUGAAGACGGCCAAUCCGGUACAUCUCCGAAGCUCGGAGCGAAGAGAGUAAAGCUUGCAGUAUUCUGGGAUGAAAUGAAGCAACGGUCGAGUCGGAAGAAAGUAUACGGAAAAGAGCGAGCAGUUAUUGUCAUGUAUCAACACUGUACGCACCUCGAUGCAAAGGAGAAUGGAAGAUAA